AUGGCUGAUCAGAGGAAUGGGGCCGCAAAAGCGGCCGGUGGUUACACCAUUGAUAUGGGGAACUUCAUCAAGCGCCUGAAGGCGUUUUACGGGCACUGGAAAGAACACAGAGCAGAUAUGUGGACCGGCUCUGAUGCUAUAGCUGUUGCUACACCGCCCGCUUCUGAGGAUCUGCGAUACCUGAAAUCUUCAGCUCUCAACAUUUGGCUGCUUGGCUACGAGUUUCCUGAGACUAUCAUGGUGUUUACGAGCAAGCAGAUCCAUUUCUUGUGUAGCCAAAAGAAGGCUAAUCUUCUUGAAACUCUGAAGCAGUCAGCCAGGGAUGCCGUGGGUGCUGAUGUUGUGAUGCAUGUGAAGGCCAAAAAUGAUGAUGGGACUGCUGCAAUGGAUGAGAUGCUUCGUGUAGUUCGUGCACAGUCUAAAUCAGAUAACCCUGUGCUGGGCUAUAUUGCGAGAGAAGCACCGGAGGGAAAGCUUCUAGAGACGUGGGUUGAGAGGCUGAAAGCCUCUAGCAUUCAACUUGGAGACAUUACUAACGGAUUCUCGGAGCUCUUCUCGGUCAAAGAUGAGACAGAGCUCACUUGUGUGAAGAAGGCAGCCUAUUUAACUUCCUCAGUAAUGAAGAAUUUCGUGGUUCCUAAGCUUGAGAAGAUCAUUGAUGAGGAGGUCAAGGUCUCUCACUCAUCUCUAAUGGAUGACACAGAGAAAACUAUACUUGAACCCAUCAAAGUGAAGGUGAAGCUGAAGCCAGAGAAUGUUGACAUUUGCUACCCACCGAUCUUUCAGAGUGGGGGUGAGUUUGAUCUCAAGCCAAGUGCAACAAGCAAUGAUGAAAAUCUGUACUAUGAGUCCACAAGUGUGAUCAUAUGUGCACUCAGUUCACGGUACAACAGCUAUUGCUCAAAUGUGGCAAGGACGUUCCUGAUUGAUGGUAAUCCAAUUCAGAGCAAGGCAUAUGAGGUUCUUCUUAAGGCACAAGAUGCCGCCAUUGCAUCCCUGAAACCAGGGAAUAAGGUCAGUGCUGCUUAUCAAGCUGCUGUCUCUGUCGUAGAGAAAGAAGCUCCAGAAUUCUUGUCAAAUCUUACCAAGUCUGCAGGAACUGGGAUUGGCCUUGAGUUUAGGGAGUCAGGGUUGAGUUUAAAUGCAAAAAAUGACCGUAUUCUGAAAGCAGGGAUGGUCUUCAAUGUGUCCCUAGGUUUCCAGAACUUGCAAGCUCAAACCAAAAAUCCGAAGACUCAGAAAUUCUCCUUGUUGCUGGCUGAUACGGUCAUUAUUAGUGAAAAGUCUCCAGAGGUCUUGACAGCACCCUGCUCGAAAGCAGUGAAGGAUGUCUCUUAUUCAUUUAAUGACGAAGAGGAGGAAGAAGUGAGGCCUAAGCGCAAAGCAGAGGCCAACAGUGUGGAGGCAUUACCAUCGAAGGCGACCUUACGGUCCGACCAUCAAGAGAUGUCAAAGGAGGAGCUGAGGAAGCAGCAUCAGGCGGAGCUCGCCCGCCAGAAGAAUGAAGAGACGGCCAGGAGACUGGCCGGUGUUGGGUCUGGAUCUGGAGACGGACGUGGUCACAUGAAAGCUUCAUGGGAGCUCACCGCCUACAAGAACGUCAAUGACAUCCCUCAGGCGAAGGAACUGGUGAUACAGGUAGACCAGAAACAUGAGGCCAUCCUCCUCCCCAUCUAUGGAAGCAUGGUGCCGUUCCACAUUUCCACAGUCAAGAGCGUCAACAGCAACCAGGAUAAUCGGACAUGUACCAUCCGCAUCAUAUUCAACGUGCCCGGCGCUCCAUUUGCCCCAGCUCCCGACCCAAACUCCCUCAGGAACCAGACCGCCAUCCACCUCAAGGAGAUCACCUUCCGCUCCAAGGAUCCGAGACACAGUAGCGAGGUCGUCCAGUUGAUCAAGACACUGAGGAGGCAAGUCGCAUCCAGGGAAUCGGAGAAGGCCGAGAGGGCCACCUUGGUCACCCAGGAGAAAUUACAGCUAGCCGGGGGGAAGAUGAAGCCCAUGAGAUUGCCCGAUCUGUGGAUCCGCCCGCCUUUCGGGGGUCGCGGCCGUAAGCUCCCUGGUACCUUGGAGGCCCACGCGAAUGGCUUCCGCUACUCGACCUCCAGGCCCGACGAGAGGGUGGACAUCAUGUACGGGAACAUCAAGCACGCCUUCUUCCAGCCCGCGGAGAAGGAGAUGAUCACCCUCCUGCAUUUCCACCUCCACAACCACAUCAUGGUGGGGAACAAGAAGACCAAGGACGUCCAGUUCUACAUCGAAGUCAUGGAGGUGGUGCAGACCCUGGGCGGCGGGCGGCGCUCUGCCAUGGACCCCGACGAGAUCGAGGAGGAGCAGAGGGAGAGGGAGCGGAAGAACAGGAUCAACAUGGAGUUUCAGAACUUCGUGAACAAGGUGCACGAUCACUGGGGGCAGCCGCAGUUCAAAGGGCUCGAUCUGGAGUUUGACCAGCCGCUCCGGGAACUGGGCUUCCAUGGCGUGCCCCACAAGGCCUCUGCUUUCAUCAUCCCCACGCCGAGCUGCCUCGUUGAGCUGAUCGAGACCCCGUUCCUGGUGAUCACUCUGAGCGAGAUCGAGAUAGUCAACCUGGAGAGGGUGGGCUUCGGGCAGAAGAACUUCGACAUGGCGAUCGUGUUCAAGGACUUCAAGAAGGACGUGCUGAGGAUAGACUCCAUUCCCAGCACUUCUCUGGACAGCAUCAAGGAGUGGCUGGACACGACAGACAUCAAGUACUACGAGAGCAGGCUGAACCUGAACUGGCGGCCGAUCCUGAAGACCAUCACGGACGAUCCGGAGAAGUUCAUCGAGGACGGGGGGUGGGAGUUUCUCAACAUGGAGGCCAGCGACUCGGACUCGGAGAACUCGGAGGAGUCGGACCAGGGGUACGAGCCCUCCGACGCGGAGCCCGAGUCGGCCUCGGAGGAGGAGAACGAGGACAGCGAGUCGCUGGUGGAGUCGGACGAGGAGGAGGAGGAGCAGGACUCGGAGCAGGACUCCGAGGAGGAGAAGGGGAAGACGUGGGAGGAGCUGGAGAGGGAGGCCAGCAACGCCGACCGGGAGAAGGGCGACGAGUCAGACAGCGAGGACGAGCGGCGGCGGCGGAAGAAGGUCAAAGUCAUGGGCAAGUCCCGCCUCCCCGAGAGGAGCCUCCCCACUAACGCCAAGAGACCCAAGAUGAGAUAA